AUGUCCAGCCGACGCACCCUCCUCUCGAACACGCCCCGCGGCCGCCCGGGCUCAGCCGCCCCGUCGCGGCCCCAACAGCAACACCAGGAACGCGAGACCCAGCUCCCGGCCUACGAGCCGCCGUCGUGCCCGCUUGACGCACAAGCCCGCCGUGCACUAUCCGAGCUCAGCACCAACGCAGCCGAGACGCGCAAGUACGGCGAGCAGCUGGCGCGGUCGCUCAAGCUGCUGGGCGAGUCGGUCGCCGAGGUCAACGACCGGCACGCGGACCGGCGGGGGCGCCUGCAGGCGCGGCGCGAGCGCGAGCGCGGCCAGGGCUCGGGCCAGGACGGCGAGAACCACGCCGACAGGACCGAGGCGGACCGCGCGCUCGAGGCCGCCGUCGACGACCUCAGCCGCCGCGUGCCCACGCUGACCAAGCGCAGCGAGGAGGCCGUCCGCGACGUCAUCGACUGGGGCGUCGAGCUGCAGGACGGCCGGCAGGCGCUGGCGGACGCGGCGGCGCAGACGACCGAGGAGAGCAAGCGCGCCGAGGAGGUGGCCCAGAGCAACGAGGCCCGGCGGCAGCAGGCGGCGGCCCGCCGGGAGGCGCUCGACGACGGGGACGGGCCGGACGAGGACGACGAGGACGAGGACGAGCCCGUCGAGGUCGCGGGCCCGCGCCGGCUGCUGCGGCAGAACCGCGACCGCCUGGCCGCCGACUACCAGGCAAAGACCAUGCACCAGCGCUACGGGCUGAACAACGACUACAUCCAGUUCAAGAGGCUGUGGCACGACGCGGUGCACGGGCAGGACGGGAAGCCGCUGCCGGACGCGUCGCGCUGGUUCGGCGGCGCCGACGGGGAGGAGGACGCAGAUGAAGACGAGGACGAGGACCUCAUUGUCGCGGGCGAAAAGAAGGAUCUCAAGUGCCCGCUCUCGCUCGUCAUGAUGACGGAGCCCUACACGUCGGCCAGGUGCAACCACACGUUCGAGAAGACGGCCAUCAUGGAGUUCCUGAGCAACAAGCCCGGCCGGCGGGCACAGUGUCCGCAGACGGGGUGCAGUCAGGAGGUGUCCGUUAAAGACUUUACCCUCGAUCAGUACAUGCUCCGCAAGAUCAAGCGCGCGCAGGAGGACGAGGACCAAGAUAAUGACGACGACGACGACGACGAUGAUGCUAUGAACAGGACUGACAUCAUCAGGCGCAGUACGAGAUCGGGCGGCAUUGGAAAAGGUCCCGAGGAGCCGUUUCGCAUGUGCGUGGCAGAGGUACAGCACUACCGAUUGGAAGGUAAUGGAAGUACCUUGGUAGAGCAGAUCACGCCCGUCCAGACUGUAAGAAACAGCUGGGAUCCACCGCUGCACGUCCAGCCGUGA